GGAAGAAGGGACCUAGGGAGGGAGGCACAUAGGGAGAAAGGAAGAAAGAGGGAGCAAGAGCCUGAGCAAGAGCUACAGCGAGAGCAUGAAGACCCCCAACACACAGGAGGGAGAAGGACAACACACCAGAUCAGCUGCAGGACGGGCCACUAGAUCUGCACACUUCACCAAGAAGAAAGCUUCCCAGAAGAAGCAGAGGGGCAGACCUUCAUCCCAGCCCCGCAGAAACAUCGUGGGCUGCAGAAUUUCUCACGGAUGGAAGGAAGGCGAUGAGCCCAUCACCCAGUGGAAAGGAACCGUUCUGGAUCAGGUGCCCAUAAAUCCCUCUCUUUACCUGGUGAAAUAUGAUGGAAUUGACUGUGUCUAUGGAUUGGAACUUCACAGAGAUGAAAGAGUUUUGUCUCUUAAAAUUCUUUCCAACAAGGUGGCAUCAUCACAAGUUAGUGACGCCAGCCUUGCAAACACCAUCAUUGGCAAAGCAGUGGAACAUAUGUUUGAGGGCGAGCAUGGCACCAAGGAUGAAUGGAGGGGGAUGGUUCUAGCCCAAGCACCUAUCAUGAAAGCCUGGUUUUAUAUUACCUACGAGAAAGAUCCUGUCUUGUACAUGUACCAGCUUCUAGAUGACUAUAAAGAAGGUGACCUCCGCAUCAUGCCAGAGUCCAAUGAGUCUCCUCCAGCAGAGAGGGAGCCAGCAGGAAUUGUCGAUGGCAUGAUAGGCAAACAUGUGGAAUAUACCAAAGAAGAUGGCUCCAAAAGGAUCGGCAUGGUGAUUCACCAAGUGGAAGCCAAACCUUCUGUGUACUUCAUCAAGUUUGAUGAUGAUUUCCACAUCUAUGUCUAUGAUUUGGUGAAGAAGUCCUAAACAUUGGGGUAAAAUUUACCACAUUUGUGGACAUAAAUCCAUAAUUUGUAGACAUGCCAAAAAAUGCUGCUUUUCACUGCAUUGAAAGUGUAAGGGUCCCUGAUGACCAGCAUAACUGUUGUUUUGUUCUGAAAAAUACAAAUUUAUGUGGAUGUGA